CUACGAGAUCCGUCCUCGUCGCGAGUGUGUUCAAUAUGCGUGCAUCUACAAAUUGGCGGUCUUCUCCUACCCUGGUUGUUGUAGUCGUCUGCAUUGCUGUGUUUACCGACAUCUUUCUCUAUGGAUUGAUUGUGCCUGUCCUGCCCUUUGCACUGGAGGAAAGAAUAGGACUGAGUGGCAAAGAUGUUCAACGAUGGAGCUCUAUUCUGUUAGCCACCUACGGCGGCUCAAUUCUUAUCAGGUCCGUGUUCGCCGGAUGGAUUGGUGACCAGACAUGCAAGCGGACAAAGCAGCUGCCGUUCCUGGCCGGUAUGCUGAUUGCCGGGGGUGCGACACUGCUGUUCUAUCUUCUAUUGGAUACAGUUGGCAAUACAAUUAUAGGCCACGCGCUUGGUUUUACCAGCAUGAGUCUCAGUCUGGGGCUGUUCGCGGGGCCGAUUGUAGGCGGCUUCAUCUACGAUUUAGCAGGAUAUCUCGCUAAGCACCCCCUGGUUGUCCUAGAAAUAGGUCUACGGCUACUCCUGCGACCUACAACCCAGUACACGAGACAAGCGCCACCAUGCACCGGUGCGGCUGACGAGCAUUCAUCUUUAAUACUUGGCAGUCAAGUUUCCAAUGCUAAUGUCGAUCAAAACGGUCCGAGCACUGUCGAAGACCAUCCGCUAUCGUCCGUUGUGAUUCUCCUGCACUCUCCACGCUUUGCAGUCGCGAUGGUGGGGAUGGCCCUCCUCAACACAUUCAUGACGGCCUUCGAAGCUGUCUUGCCUAUUUACCUGCACGAAGUCUUCGGCUACAAAUCGAAGCAGGUAGCUGUCGUCUUCCUGUCGAACACCGUGCCUAUGGUGUUUUCUCCAGUCUCUGGAGCUCUGGUAGAUCGAAUAGGGUCGUUUGGGCCGGCACUGACCGGCUUCGCUCUCGCGGGUCCGAGCAUGAUGCUUCUGGCCAUGAUCCAAACCGACACAAUGGUCAACUCCGUUCUUCUCCGGGGAUUCUUGUUCUUGUUUGGUUGUAGUAUUUCGCUGGCCAUGCCCGCUAUGAUGAAAGAGAUUAGCUUUGCCACCGAGGCGGUUGAGCAUGCUCACCCCGGGAUCUUUGGACGGGAGCAUACUCCCAGGCUUACGGCCUGGAUAACGCUGCCUUUUGCGGGGGGGGGGGGGGGGGCACUGGCAGGGCCACUAUAUGCCGGCUACUUGCGGGACUGGUUUGGGUGGAAUCUUAUGAUCGUCUCGAUGGGUGUGCUGAGUCUGGCUAUGGCAGGUUUGACUUUUGGUUAUGCUGGAGAAGAUCGCACUGCUACCACAGAGAGGAGAGAUCUCUAA